CUACAGUCAUUGGUUUAACCCCAGCUGUUUAUAAUCACAGCUGUGGUGGAGCAUUCACUCAGAGCCUCUCUCUCCACCAACAACUUUAGUUUUCUUUCCUUCUGUUUGUCUUCCAGCGGUGAAAUGUCGACCACCGGGAGCUCCCUGAACUGUGAGGGCAUGUACUCCCAACUAAUAGACAACGAGUCCUGUCAUGACGACUUACCCCACAGGCCAGAUGUGGAACACCGCGGUCAUCCUGUGAUGCAAAUGUUCCCCAGGCCGAGCGGUCCCAGGCUGUACCGCCUCGCCACCAUCUGCCUGGCAACGCUGUGCGCCGUCCUGCUGAUCUCCAUCAUAGCUGUCACUGCACACUAUAAAAACAAACCUCAGGGUGGUGGUGAGGCAUCCUUAGGGAAGCAGACGCAGGAGGCAAAUGCGUCAGCUCUGACGGCGUCCAUCGCCAAGCUGCAGCAGGAGAAACAACAGCUGCAGAAAGAGAAGGACGAGCUGCAGGCCAAGCUCGCUGCAAAGAUGGCUACUAAAGCUCCUGCUGUGGUGACGUCGGCUCCUAUCGUCUGCCCCAACGACUGGCACGUCUUUAACAACAGCUGUUACUUAAUCUCCAGGAACUCGCGGGAUUGGCCAGAGAGCAAGUCAUUCUGUGAGAGCAAAGGCGCUCACCUGGCCAUCAUCCACACACCUGAGGAGCAGACAUUUCUAUGGAAUCUUCUUCCCAGAGGACACUGGAACUCCUACUGGUUUGGAAUAACCGAUGAAAAAACAGAAGAUGAGUGGAAAUGGGUCGACGGCACUCCGGUGAUCGGAGGUUUCUGGGAGGAGGGUGAGCCCAACAACCACAUUGAUGAAGACUGCGGCUACAUCGUGAAAACACGUGUGUUGGAGCGAGUGGCCAUCCGGAGCUGGUACGACGCCCCCUGCAGCAUGUACUUACCCUUCAUCUGUGAGAAAGAGAUGGGCCCCGGCGCGAGCACUGCCAUACCACACUAAGAAAACCAAUUAGUAUUUUGUACUGGCUGCUUGGGUUAUCUGUCACAGUGAAGUCAGGUCAUCAACACUUAUUUACCUUUUUGCAUUUAAUUAACAUGUGCCGUUUGUGCUCACUGCUCAUUAUUUGUGACGUGUAUGGAUAGUUUGCUCUGUCCACAAGCAUGAACACAACAGAGACGGAGUGUCAAAAUACAUUUACAGUGCUGUCAAGUCCCUGAAGUAGCAGUCAGGACUGCAGUAUGGACUGACAACCAGGUUCAUGUCCAGAUGAGGCCCUGAUCUUUCAGACUCAUGCGUAUCUCUGUG